AUGGUGGGUCUCGUUCUGCUUUGGGCUGUCCUCUUGGUGGUCGGUGGGUUCUUGGUGGGGGCCCCACUGUGGGUGUUCUGCAGACAUUUCUACCUGGUGGACAUCCCCGCCGCCAUCAGCCACCCCAAGAAGCUCCGGUUCUUCCACUGCAUAUUUGAACUGUUGAUGACAUGGGAUUUGGUGGCCGUCAUCACCCCUCCUAGGACACCUGGACUAGGAGAAGAGCAGCUCACAUACCGCAAGAUGCCCGAGUUUAAGUAUCCUGUGGCGACCAACGACUGCCUAGCAGCCACCAUCUACUUCCUGAAGUCCUUGAACAAGUUUGGGGUGGACCCUGGCCGGGUGGUGGUCUGUGGUGAGAGCGCGGGAGGGGGAGCGUCUGUGGUGAUAUGCCAAAAACUUCUGGACAGUCCCCACCUGCCCAGGAUCCGUGCCCAGGUCCUCAUCUACCCCGCUCUCCACGGCCUGGAUUUCCAGUCGCCUUCCAACCAGCAGAACAAUGUCCCGCUGCUCCCGAAGUAUUUGGCUUCUCACUGUUAUCUCAGCUACCUAAGCAUUGACCCCUCCUGGAAAAGAGCCAUGAUAUCGGGCGCCAACUUGCCCCCAGAAAGGGAGAAGUACGGAAAAUGGUUGGGCCAUGAUAACAUCCCCGAGAGGUUUCAAGCAGAGGGGCUAUCGGCCAAAGCCCGCGGCCCCCUGAAUGAAGUCGCCUAUCAGGAGACCCGCAUGGUGCUGGAGUUAGAGGUGGCACCCCUUGCAGAGGACAAAGUGAUGUCUCAGAUGCCCGAAGCUCUCAUUGUGUCCUGCGAGUAUGAUUAUCUCCUGGACCACUCGCUCUUGUACAAGAAGAGGCUGGAGGACUUGGGCACCGUGACGUGGUGUCACUUGGAAGAUGGUUUCCAUGGAGCGCUCAUCACUGUUGACAAGGGCUUCCUGUACUUCCCCUGCUCCCGGAAAAUCAUGAAUGCCAUCGUCGAUUUUAUUAAGGGAUUGUGA